AUGGCACCUCAGACCGAACGCCCAGAUCGCGAUUUCUGGAAGACUGAAGUUGAGAGGAUCGGCAACAUCGCCACCAUAGACGGGAAGGAAGAUGCUGUGGCUCACAGUUCGAUUGAGGCACAAGAAGAAGGCAAUAUCAAGAUUGUUAACACGCCUUUCAAGGAGAAUACGGAAGCAGAGAAGAAGCUUGUGCGGAAGAUAGACUUAUAUCUGAUGCCGACGAUCUGGGUUUUGUACAGCUUCUCGUACAUGGACCGUACGGCCAUCGGCAACGCAAAGGUCGCGGGCAUGGAUGUCGAUCUCGGUCUUACGUCUGACGAGUACUUUCUCGCUAUCGUCAUUUUCCAAGUUGGUUACGUCUUUUUCGAGGUCCCAUCUAACAUGGUACUUUCUCGUGUUCGCCCAUCGAUCUGGAUCCCAACCCUGAUGAUCUUCUGGGGCAGUGUGUCUGCACUCAUGGCUCUGGUCAAAACUCCGGCUCAGCUCAUCGGUGUCCGAUUCCUUCUCGGUGUCACUGAGGCUGGUUUCAGUCCUGCUGUGCUCUUUAUCAUCUCGACUUGGUAUCGACGACAUGAACAAUCUAAGCGAUUCAUGUGUUUCUUGUCCGCGGGAAUCCUUUCAGGAGCUUUCGGUGGAAUCAUCGCCGGUGCCAUCGUUGAUAGUCUGGAAGGUGCUCAUGGGAUUGCUGGAUGGCAAUGGCUCUUCAUCGUCCAAGGUGUCGCAACAGUCACGUGCGCCGUCCCAGCUCCUUUCGUCCUUCUUGAUUACCCUUCAAAUGGUCGUCAGCUCACUGCACAAGAGCGUGAGAUUGCCAUGGCCCGUCUACAUGCCGACUUUGGAAGUCACGAUUCUGAAAAACACAUCUCGCAUGCCAAAGCCUUCAUGAAUGCAGUUAAGAACUGGCGUCUCUGGCUUCUCUGUGCUGGCUACAUGACCAUCAUCGGCUGUUACAGCUUGAGCUACUUCAACCCUUCCCUUGUCCGUGGACUCGGGUACACUGGCUCGAUGGCGCAGUACAUGACUGUCCCCCUCUACGUAGCCGCCUUCGUCAUCGCCGUCCCCGUUGCCAUCCUCGCCGACAAAAUCAACGCCUUCCGCCCCGUCCUCUGCGCCUCCUCCCUUGUCCUCGGUGCUCUUUUCUGCGCUCUCUCAGCCGGUAUCUACGCCUACAUACCACGCUAUGUCUUCCUUGUCUUCAUCAACAGCAUGAUUUGGACCGCAAAUCCUCUCGCACUAUCGUACGCUUCAGUGUCCAUGGGCCCUCUCGAUCCCGAGACCAGGGCUAUCUCGCUCGCGUUUGUCAAUGCUCUGGGAAACUUGGCACAGGUAUAUGGCGCGUAUCUGUUCCCUGCGGAGGAUGCGCCGAAGUACAUCAAGGGUUUUGGAGCGUAUGCGGGGUUGUUGUCUUUGGGCGCGGGGAUCUAUAUCGCCGCACUCUUCCUAUUCAAGAAGAGUCCUUUUACAUCGAAGACCACUGUAUGA